GGUAACAAAUCUGGAGAAUCUGACCUGGAGAAUCCUAUUGCAAUCCGUCCAACUAGUGAAACUGUUAUGUAUCCAUAUUUUUCCAAAUGGAUUAGGGGGCACCGAGACUUGCCUCUGAGGCUUAAUCAGUGGUGUAAUGUUGUGAGAUGGGAGUUCAGCAACCCCACCCCAUUUAUCAGUUGAUGUCUAGUGAUUAUGCAGGAGUCGUGAAUUUCUUUGGCAAGAAGGACAUACUGUUUUUGCAACCAAGGAAGAGGCAGACAUUGAGGUCCGUGACAUUUUGGAACUCUAUAGACGCAUAUAUGAAGAGUUCUUGGCUGUUCCAGUUAUUAAGGGGAAAAAAAGUGAGCAUGAGAAGUUUACUGGGGGACUCUAUACAACAAACGUUGAGGCUUGUUCUAAACACCGGGCGUGGUCUGCAAGGUGCAACUUCACAUUGUUUGGGUCAGAAUUUUGCUAAAAUGUUUGAGAUAAAUUUUGAGAAUAAGAAAGGAGAAAGAGCUAUGGUCUGACAAAAUUCAUGGGCGUAUACGCUGAACCCAUUUUUUUACAGAGCGGUUGGCAACUUUUGAAAUGUGGCUUGAUUAUGGAUCUGAACAUAAAAGCUACCAGAACAGUUGCCAAUUGUACUUCAGGAGGUAUAUCUAAAAGCAUUGAGAAAAGGUUUUAGCGUAAAUGUGGAUUUAAAGGAAAAGGCUUCAGUAUAUCGAUGGAUUCAAAUUUUAAGGAGUUAUAUGUGGAAGCUUGGGAAAUGGUUUCUCUAGUGCAGCAACAUUGCAAUUCGAUACAAAGGUAUUAUUGGAAAAGGCUUCAACAUAUCAACGGAUUUAAAGGAAAAAGCUUCAGCAUAAGGUCACUGAAUCUUCCACCAGGCAGCCAUGGAUGGCCGAUUAUUGGCGAAACAGGCGAGUUUCUGCGCGCCAGCCUGGACGGCACGCCGGAGAAUUUCGUGCGAGAAAGAAUGGACAAGUACGACGCCAGGGUGUUCAAGACGACGCUGAUGGGGGAGCCGAUGGCUGUACUUUGUGGGCCGGCCGGCAGUAAAUUUUUGUUCGGAAAUGAAAAUAAAUUGGUGAGGGUUUGGUGGCCGGGCUCGGUGAGGAAGCUGCUCGGGCCGGGCUUGGCCACGAGCGCCGGCGAUGAAGCCAAGCAAAUGAGGAAAAUGAUUUCGUACUUCGUCACGCCCGAAGCCUUCACUCGGCUCUACAUUAACACCAUGGAUUUAGUCGCGCGGCGCCACAUCGACGCCCAUUGGCAAGGUAAAGAGGGAUUGAGAGUAUUUCCUACCAUCAAACUAUACACAUUCGAGCUCGCAUGUCGCCUCUUUUUGAGUCUCAAAGACCCUAGGCAAAUUUCCGAUCUAGCGACCCUUUUCAACGUUUUCCUAAAAGGGAUCAUCUCCGUACCCAUCAACUUCCCCGGGACAAGAUUUUCCAAGGCUAAACGAGCUACAUCCGCGAUAAAGAAUCUACUCCAAAAGAUCGUGCGACAAAGAAGAGUUGAAUUGGAUGAAAAAAUGGCAUCCCCUCCGCAAGAUCUUUUGUCUCACUUGCUCGCUUCCUCCGAUGAAAAUGGUAAGUUUAUGCCCGAAAAUGUGAUCAUAAACAAUAUAUUGAUGUUGCUCUUCGCUGCCCACGACACUUCAAGUGUUGCAAUAACAAUGUUGAUCAAGAAUCUUGCGCAACUCCCCGAAGUUUACGACAAAGUACUAAGAGAGCAAGAGGAAAUCACAUCAUCGAAAGAAGUAGGCGAUUUUUUGCAAUGGGAAGACAUACAAAAGAUGAAGUACUCGUGGAACGUAGUGUGUGAAACCAUGAGACAAUGGCCACCGGUGAGCGGCGCCUUUAGAGAAGCAUUGAAAGAUAUUAAGUACGCGGGCUACGACAUUCCCAAGGGAUGGAAGCUGUAUUGGAGCUCUUCAUCGAUGCAUCGAGAUUCCAACUUCUUCAAUCAUCACAUGAAUUUCGACCCGUCAAGAUUUGAAGGGGUCGGGCCAAUUCCCUUUUCUUACGUCCCUUUUGGCGGUGGUCCUCGAAUGUGUUUGGGGAAAGAGUUUGCUCGGGUCGAGAUCUUGAUCUUUCUUCACAAUGUGGUUAGGAGAUUCGAAUGGAAUUUAGAGAUUGGUGACGAGAAAAUCGAGUAUGAUCCGAUGCCCACGCCGGUCGAAGGACUUCCUAUUCGACUUCGACGCCGUAAUACAAGUGAAAAGUGAGACAAUUUGAUGUAAGUUUUUAAGCUCGAGCUUGAGUUUGAGUUCGAGUUUUGGACAUAAGAUCGCCAUGUUUGUUUAUUUUAGGCGAGAUAUUGUUUAAUAUUUGUAUUAUCAAAUAAAUAUAUUUUACUAUA